UACUUGGAGAUGCUGAGCUGGAGCCUUCCCCCCAUGGCCCUGCACGCGCGCAGGGGCGGGGGGGAGCGCGGGGCCGGGCGGGCGGGGAGCGGCGGCCCCGGCGCCUGCCUGCCCGAGCCGCUGGAGCUGCUGGGCUGCUGCCUGCGGCCGGCGGCGGCGGCGGCAGCGGCGGAGCCGGGCCGGGGGGAGCGGGGCAUGAUGGCGGAGGGCGGCGGGCUGGGGCUGGGGCUGGGGCUGCGGCUGCCGCCGUCGCUGCUGGAGGCGGCGCGCUGCCGCUACGAGAGCCUGCAGAUCUCGGACGACGUGUUCGGCGAGUCGGGGCCGGACAGCAGCGGGAACCCCUUCUACAGCACCUCGGCCGACUCCCGCUCCGCCUCCUCGCACGACGAGGAGGGCGACGCCGGCCCCGAGCUGCCCACCGGCGCCGCGGGGCAGGCCGAGGAGGAGCGCGGCCGGGCCGGGGCGCGCCGCGGGCGGCGGCCCAAGGGGGGCGCCCCCGGGCAGGACGAGCAGGAGGACGAGGGCGGCUGGAGCCAGGCGCUGCGAGACGUCCCGGCCCCGCGCUUCAAGGAUAGCUGUGGUCCAACCCGUAAAAUGUCUCCAACUGCCAGUGUCAUGGACUUUUUUCAGCUAUUUGUCCCUGACAAUGUACUAAAGAACAUGGUGGUGCAAACCAAUAUGUAUGCCAAGAAGUACCAGGAGAGAUUUGGCAGUGAUGAUGCUUGGGUGGACGUCACACUAACCGAAAUGAAAGCCUUCCUAGGCUACAUGAUAUCAACGAGCAUUCACCACUGUGAGUCUGUCCUCAGCAUCUGGAGCAGUGGAUUCUACAGCAACAAGAGCAUAGCACUUAUCAUGACACAGACCCGGUUUGAGAAGAUCCUGAAGUACUUCCACAUUGUGGCCUUUCGCUCCAGCCAGACAACGCAUGGCCUCUACAAAAUCCAGCCGUUUCUGGACUCCUUACAGAAUGGCUUCGACUCUACUUUUAGACCUUCUCAAACCCAGGUACUUCAUGAGCCACUGAUUGAUGAAGACCCAAUCUUCAUUGCCACAUGCACAGAGAGAGAGCUACGCAAAAGGAAAAAGCGGAAAUUCAGCUUGUGGGUCCGGCAGUGUUCGUCUACUGGCUUCAUCUGUCAGAUUUACGUCCAUCUCAAAGAAGGAAGUGGUGCCGAUGGACUGGAUGCUCUGAAGAACAAGCCUCAGCUCCACAGUAUGGUGGCCAAGAGCCUUUGUCAGAAUGCAUCAGGAAAAAACUACAUCAUCUUCACUGGCCCUAGCAUUACCAGUCUGAACCUUUUUGAAGAAUUUGAGAAACAAGAGAUUUAUUGCUGCGGGUUGCUGAGCUCCAGGAAGAGUGACUGCACAGGCCUACCUCCAUCCAUGCUGAAUAACCCAGAUGCUCCCCAGUCCAGAGGACAGUACAGAAUAAAGAUGAAGGGAAACAUGUCCCUAAUCUGCUGGUAUAACAAAGGGCAUUUUCGUUUUCUCACUAAUGCCUAUUCUCCAGUUCAACAAGGAGUUAUAAUAAAGAGGAAAAGUGGAGAGAUCCCGUGCCCACUGGCAGUAGAAGCUUUUGCUGCUCAUCUUAGCUACAUCUGCAGAUAUGAUGACAAAUACAGCAAGUAUUUCAUUUCUCAUAAACCAAACAAGACCUGGCAACAAGUGUUCUGGUUUGCUGUCAGCAUUGCCAUAAACAAUGCCUACAUCCUCUACAAAAUGUCAGAUGCCUAUCACGUGACAAGGUACAGCCGGGCACAGUUCAGUGAGAGACUUAUAAAGGAGCUGUUGGGCUUGGAGGACACUUCACCUUCUCAUUGAUGCAUUGUUUCUUGUGGCUUAGGUAGGGAUGGAGGGUAAGCAGAAGAGGAGACCAUCAUUCUGGAAUGUCAAAGCAGGGAACUUGUGACACCACCAAUGCUGCUCCCUAUGUGAAAAUGCCAAGUGAUGCCACUAGAAGGGUGGAGACUGUUAAAAUUAGCAGCUGGCUUUAGAGGUGUCCUACAGAAAGUGCCACAGGAAACUUCCACACACAAUUACAUAUAUGAAUGCUCUGCGGGUAUCUGUACAUCAGAAUUGAUUUUAAGUUAGCAAUUUCUCAGUAGCACUUGUUGAACAGGUAACAUCUGUUGAGCAGGGUCAUCUCAUUAAGAUUCCCUUUGGGCUAAACUAGGAGGUUGUCACAAGCUGGUAGAGUUCAACAGUCCUCAUGGGGAAUUAACUUGCUUAGAGGUCUUUUAACUCUGAGACCACCAAGGUUGGCCUAUGCACUGCAGUAUGGCUGCGAAUGCCUAGCACCUUGUAAGGAAUCACUGCAGUUAUGACAUGGUCAAAGAGAAGCAACAGAUAUGUAUGUAUAUACUGAACUUUAACAGACAAAAGCAACCAGGACUUUGAUGACUGGUUAAGAUUACCUUCCUCCCACCAUCCCCCUGAAUGCAAGGCAAUCAGGUUGCAGUAUGGGACAAGAUUUAGGAAAUAAUCACAUUGGGGAAUUUUUUUAAACACUAUCAAAGUUGAGUCUUGAAAUCUGGUAAUAUUGCCUUUUGUAACAUCCAUACUCCCAGUGUCCAGGGGUGAGAAAUCUCAGAGUAUAUAGCAACUAUAUUCUCCUGGAUUUCAUUGUAUCUUUGGGUUCUUCUAAGUGUUGCUUAAGGCCUGACAUGACAGACUGUUUAAGUUUCUAUCACCUAGUAUAUUUGUUCUCUUUUCCCCAUAUUUAAAUAUCAACUUACUUUUCAUCUUAGGUUUCAUUUCCUAGUGACACACUUGACAAGAAAGAAUAAUUCACGGAUAGCGUGAUUUGCAUUAUCACUGUGGGGUGUUCUGUAGAAAUUCUUCUUAGAAUUUGAAAUUUGUCACAGUAGCUUAUAAUUUUGCAAAUUUAUAUGCUUAGAAAAAUGUAACUUUGUUAAAAAAAAAAAAAAAAAGUUCUGGUGCAACCAGAUGCUAAAUGUCCCUGAAUAGAAUAAAACCCAAAUACAUUUCUUGUCCUGAGUGACUCUCUAGGAGGUAGAAUCACUUUGAGUUUGCCCAGCCUGGUGCCAAUGUUUCAUAGAGGAGAGAUGCCAUGAUUAAAUGCUUUUGCUGGAGGCAGUGGAUUCUGCUGAAAACAAGAAGAAAAAUGGUAGGAAUGGUCAAAAAGUGAAAAUGAAGUGAAAUGUUGCUUUUCCUUUUAUCACAUUAUUGGGCUAUGGGCUUAACUAAACUAGAACAUCGUGAAUAUUAGUUUGAAAUUAGUAAGAAAUUGUAAUGAGCAAUUCACUUACAGGGCACAAAUAUGCAUCUUUUCUUUGGGUUGGACUGACUUGCAUUGAAGGCAACAGGAAAGCUGUCAUGGAUGGGAGUAGGAUCAGGCUUUGAUAAGGUAGUUAAUGCUCAUGUUUAGAGGGACACAACUAGUUCUAGUUCAAGAAUUUGGACAGGUAGCAAACUCUUAUAAAAUCUCUGUGCUGUUCAAGUAUCAUCAUUAAAAAGUUGUGUUGGGCUUUUUACAGUCAGCAGCAUUACGCUGCGCUUGUACCUUGCCCUUCUAAUAAGGAGGUAUUUCCAGUGAGACAGUCCCUGAAGGCCUAUCUAACUUCAUUGUCUAAGUGCCAUCAAUGUGAGGAAAAGAUAAAUGUGAAUUAACAAAAAUGUAUUUGAUCCCUGGUGCUAAGAGUGCAAGAGUGUUUUAAAUGAGCUGUGUGUCCCCUGAACUUGCUGUUGUGGUUCAGUGGCAGCAUCCAUGUCUACCACGUGGGAGACCUGGGCUUGAUCCAUGCAUGCAGCUAUAGCCAUUUGAGAUGCUGAAUAUCUGAACUCAUUCUGGCCUUUAGAUCCUGUCUCAAUGGUCUAAAGUGAGGAUGGGGGGUUUGGGUAGCCCCUACUCCUCCCUGGGCGUGUCAGGUCUGGAUGAACUCUCACUUAUACAUCAUGAUCCAGAAGGAUUGACACUUGCCUACUACGUGCUCCCUGACCCCAGUUACCAUACAGGAGGGGUUUAAAAGAUAGCAAAUGGCUAAUUAGGGGUAGGAAUGAUAUAUUUUUAAAAAAUCUAUCUAUUGGACCACAUAGUAUCUAUAGUUUGAGGGGUUGUGGUGGAGGGGAGGAGUUUGACAAAUGUCAGUUUUUUGCCAUAUUUUCCCAUGUUCUCUGAUAACCGUUGACAUUCUCCUUCCCAUCAUCGAGGCCCCUUCUGUCCCUACUAUCCUGUGAUCUUCACAUAAGCAAAGAGGAUGGGACCCUCACAGGUUGUCUUGUAUGCAGUGAACCAGGCUCAGCCCCUUAAAACCAAGAUAGAUUUGUCAAAUAUUGCAUUUACUUACUACUUAAUAGUAAGCAAAAACAGAUAAGUUGGUGAUAAAAUACCAUUGAUGGCUAAAGUAGGUGAAUGGGGGGCCUGUAGUGAGGCACCACAGUCAGUUUUUCCAGAGGCGUGAAAACCUAUGACACUUGGCCUAGGAAAACUGAGCCCAGGUAUAGAUGGAAGUACUUGAAAUUAGUUGAAGGUGCUGCCCUAAAUUAGCAUGUAAGGAGUAGGUAUAUGCUGGUUGUGUCCUGUAGUUUCAAAAUGUUGCCAAAAUUCAUCUGAUGAGCUGGUGCAAAUUAUAUAAAAUCACCCAGAAAAGAGCUGACCAGAACAGCUUUUCUUCAUUUGUCUCUAGUGCAAGAGCACUUCUAAGAAAGCAUGGGUCCAAUCCUCCAACAUGCUGACCAUUUCCUGUGAGGAAAUACAGUCCCAAGUACUCACUGGCAUGAGCAAUAGGCAAAGCCUUUCAAGAUAUCACUGGAAAUACUCAGCACUGUACAUGAUUAAGCCUCAAAACAGCUAGAUAUGUUCCACCUAUUCUUUAGCACUUGGCCUAAAUGAAUCUGGCCCAUAUAACAUGGAAAUGAUUGGAUGUGGCCCAUAUACUACAGAAAUGUGAUUUUAUUUACAUGGCAGUGUAGCCAAGGCCUUAGAAUAUAGCUUUCCACAGAUGUCUUCUGCUUGUGAUAUAGACUGCUUAAGCUUAAGUUAUACUAGUCCUUAUUUUUGCCUCAGGGAUUGGCUCCUGAGUAGUUGUCCCUUGAGUUGGUGUUGACAGGGGAUUACACAGUGGCUGACUAUUACAGGGAAGAUGCUUUAUUCUCCUCUGGAGAAGGAGAACAACCUAAGACAGAAACAAAGCAUGGCUUUGCAAUUAAUGUGAAUCUUCCAUCCCCAACCCUUUCCCAUAACUUUCAAUCAGUUUUCUAAAGAUGCAUAAACAUCCAUUAAAAUACUGCAAAGAAACCAAGACAAAAAAAUCUACAUAUGACAAAUGAACUCUGGGUUGCAUAGCCUACAAGCAAAAAUCACCAAAGUGUAGCCUACAUGAUUAAAAUGACUGAGCCAUCAUAUAUUUCCCAUUCUUUUUAUGGGUGUGGGAGGAAGAAAGAGUGAGGAAAGUUACUCAAAUAGCAUCUCACACUUCCAUUUUAAAUAUCACAAACCAUGGAAACUAGCUGGUUUUAUAAAACAAAACUUUUGCUUGAUUAAAGCCAUUCAGUGUCAACAGCAGUUCAGAUUCUGUAGUCUUUCAUCUCGCCCUUGCUGUAAACUAGCUUUUGUGAUUUCCCCCACCCAAGUAUAAAUAUACGGUGCUUACUUUCAGAAGUCAAUACAAAUGAAGGGUUAAGUGUCAAAACAUUGCAAGAUGCUAUUGAUGAUAUUGUAUAAACACGGUUUAUAUCAUGAUUUGUAGAAUGAUACUGGGGUAUGCUUUGUAUCAUCAAGAUAUUUGGGGUAAAGAUCUUUAAGUCAGGCAUUCAUUAAAAGUAAGGGAAGUACCAGUUAGGCAAGAGCAUCAGGUAGAAACCUUUCAGAAAGAGGACAUAGAAAAUGGAGCAGAUGGGGACAGGAAGGCUUUUCUCUCUUCUGCUGAAUUUGGCUUCGUACAGCAUGUAAUUCUGAGUGUUGAAGCUCUUUGUUUGUCAGAGUAUGCAAACUGCUUCAAAGAAUUAAGAACGUCAGUGUGAUAUGCAGACCACAUUCUAUGCACAGCACUUCUUCCAAGGAGUUUUUUUCACAUCUUGUUGAGACUCAUAUUUGAAAAAGGUUCAUUAUAACGUGUAACAUUGAUCUAACAUUCACUACAGCUAAAAGCCGAUGUGAAAUCUUGCUCUAUUACAGUCUGCUCCGUCGUGGAAAACUCCACUAUAAGGGCUUGCAGGAACUCUGACCCUGUUGCUUUUUAUCUCAGCUCAUUUGUGUGCUUGACGAGAAAGGGAACAAUUUCAAGAAAUCGCUCUCCUGUUUCCCUUUUUGUGUGCAGUAGCUGUGCUUUAAGCAUCCCUUCUAAUGCCUGUUCUCAUUUCUCUUCGAUUAAUAGGUAUUUUAAGAACACAGACUUCUCUAGAGUUCUCAAUGUCACUAAAUAAUUGAUUCAGCAAUACCAUUAUUUUACAUUCUUAGACAUUUCAUAGAGAAAAACAGGUAGUUCUCUGCUGCCACAGUAACAUGAAGGGCACUGACUCAAAACCAGCAUCUUCAUUCCCCACCUUUGAGACCCUAGCUCCUCUUCUAGCAGAGGGGUUUAUUCUACUAAGCAUUACCCUUGUGGGUAAUGAGGGCUCUCCUAGCUCAAUCCUAUGCUUCCUUAGGGAUGAGCGGUCAUUCCUGGAGCUGAUUUUAGUAGAGUGAGGAUUAAACUGCACUGUAACUUUUUUGCACUCCUAUAAUGCCUUCCAUUCAAGGAUCUUAAAGUGCUUUAACAAUGUGAACGCUCAUGCAUUAGCCCUCCCCACAACUUUGUGACAGGGACAGAUAGUAUGAACACCGUCAUUGUAUAUAUGGGAAACUGAGGCCCAAAGAGGGUCACCCAAAUGUGCCUAGGAAAAGGAAAUAAGAUUCAGUUUUAAGACUCCUACUCCUAACUAUUAGGACUGCAGGCAAGGCUGAAGUGGUUGAUAGCUUCUGCUCAUAGGCCCCAAACUCAAAAUAGGUGCAUUUUUCUAAACUAGAAAAAAUAAAUGACAUGAAAAUUAGCAAGGAUAAUUUUCCUCUUCCCCCCUCAAGAAUAGAAGCUGAGUGACUUGAAGUUACAAGACUCAUUUUGCUUUUCAGAGCUUUUGCUUGUGAUUCUGAACUAAAACAUUAACUGAAAUCAAGGGAAAGAUUUCAUUGAAAUCAUUGGGGUUUAAAAAGAGACCUACUGACUUGCAUGGGGGAGCUAGAGCAGAGACCAUCCAAGGCACAAUGACAACCCAGUGAAAGCUGUAGACUGUGAAGCCUGUCCCCAGAUGGGCUUACAAACAAAUGUCUCUAGUAAAAAUUAGUCUAGGCUGGGAAUAAACAUGAAGUCUUCCAUCCAUCUCUGCUGGGGAAAUCUCUAUGGAGCUACCUUGUGCUAGCUCUGAAGCACAACUAGCGGGUCCAAAAAGAACUCAUUUAAGAGAUGAGCGUGUGAAGCAUCAAGAGAAUGAGAGCAAUGUUCGUAGAGGGAAGCAGCUUCAUUGUAUGUUAUAUUUGGGUACGUGUUUGGCCUGCUUCAAAUAGGAAGCUUUGCAAAUAAUACUGUUCUGUCACCUGUGCAAAUAUAAUCCCAGUCACCAUGCUGUUUAAUGUGUUCCUCCUUGUCGGGGCCUUGCCCAUACCAUUCCAUUUUUGUUUUGUCCACAGAAUAAGUGAAAACUAGAGAUAGAAAAAGCCCUGCCAGGUUGUCUUGUCCCUGGGAUAUUUAAAACUCAGCUCUGCUUUAACCUAUCAAUAGGGUUUUUCUACUUCUCUUGGGAGACUGUUCUGUAGCCUAGUAGAUCUCACCAUUAAGAAGCUUUUCCUGAUACUGUACAUUUUUCUUUGCUUAAUUUCACCCUUUUCUAUACCCUUGCAUCAUGUUGAAUCACCUGUUCUUGGCCUACACCUGUCUAUGUAGAUGGUCACUCUGGAAAGAGAAAUAAUAGAGACAGAGUUGGCCUUCUCUCUAUUUUUUAAAUGUUCUCUAAGUAAAACAGGGUAUUGUUUUCCAAGGCUAUACUUAAAGCAAUCACUGUGAGAGUAUUGCCUGCUUAGCCCCACUUGUGCUGCCUAUUGGGUUCAGGUGGACCCAAGACAAAGAUAUCAGAGGUACCACACCCACAAAUACACUUAGCAUGGCUGCAGAAUUUACCAUAAAUGUGAUUUUUCUGCCAGAUGGGACCUUGACGUCUUCUGUUCUGCCCUCAUACACUCCCCAGUGACCCUAUUGAAACUGUUAGGUGUCAUAACACGGCCUUAAAUGGUAAUAUAUUUGUCUCACUCUUAUGAAAUAAUAACUGCUUGUAUUAGAUGUCAAGGUGGUUCAUACAAUGUGUAGUGUGCAAAGCCAUCAAACUAUAAACACAGUCCUCUGCAGGAGCACUCCUUGAAUGUUACUGCAGACAUGACCCUUUGUUAAUAUGUAUGGGAUCUGGAAGGACAACCUAGGUGUAAUAGAGAAGACAUCCUUACCCUUUGAGCCUGCUAGUUGAGGCCUGAAUGGAACUAGUGGAGUGAACAAAGAAAGAUAACAAGGAGUUUGGGAUCCAGGCUCCCUUGACUAUCAAACCUUUGUGGGAAGAAGCUGAGAGAUACUCAAAGCUGUGUCAGGUCCUAGACAAACCAGGGACUCUAGACAGAGCCACAGGCAGAAAAACAAGCUUGCCCAGCGUGAGGCCUCAGGAGGAGUAAGGAUGGGAAGUGUUCCCAGAAUAUUAAGACCCUUAAAAAAAAACGAAGUGAAAUACUUUUACCUCAGCCAGUUGUUCUUGGAUAGGCACAUCUGUUGGAAGCAAAGUAGUUAAAUCUGUGUUCACUGAUCUCAAAAGACCGAGGGCAAAAAUAAGGAUAGAGCCCGGGUCCACUAGGUUCCUCUUCCCAAAUCCCAUCCCACUCCCUCUUAGAGUAACACUGUGGUAUUGUCCUCCAAUUACUCUGUCAAAGUAUGUACAAAAAGUGAAGAGCUCAUGCCUCACCACAAACUCAAAAAAAAAAUUGCUUUUAUUUGAUGGAAACAAGAUGCAAGCGGCUGAUCAUUCAGUUGGAAUUAAUAGUAUUAAUACAAUUAAUAAUUAUAUUUCAUUCUUCACUUUACCAGCUAACUUUGUAUCUGGUAUGUUGAAUUCAGAGGCAAAACAAUUUAACCAAGUGGAAGAAAGUUGAAUACAAAAGAAAAAAGACAUAGCGGUUAAAAACAGCUGUCUGAUUUUCCCCUGGGACAAACCUUUUAUCCUGGGAUCCUAGAGACUGACAAGCCCAUUUGUCCUAUCUUACUUCCCUGUGAAGUAUCCAAAUUAACACUUUGCCCCAGAACAGCCUGCAUUUGUUCGACUGCCAUUCAAGCUGUGUGUGUAAAACAACAGACUGCUCUAAUGCGAGUCAAAGCCUGGGACAACCAGCUGUGGGAUAAUCCCGGCAUCUGGAUUUAGCAAAAGUUAGGCCAAACAUUCCCUUGAUGUAAUACCAUUGAGGUCACUGAUAAAAUUGGACCAUGAAUAAAUCUGAGCCAGCAUAUGGUGAGAUCAUCAAUGGACUCUAGAAAUAAUGAACAAGAAACUAACAGAAAAGCACAUUGGUAAAUAUCAGAUGAAAGGAUUAAAGGCUGGAAACUCAAAGGGAGAGAUUCCAGCUGUUCUGCUCCAAUGGCUGCCCUUCUAAUAUGCAGGAUGGCUCACUUCUAUUCUUGGUUUCAUUUAAAUAAAAAUCCAGGGAAGUUAUAGCCUUCAGCACAGUCAGUGCAGCUGCUUUAGCUAUAGAAAAAUCAUCAGUGGUGUCACUGUAUGCCUCUGCUUGUACUGCAAAAGUUCAGUGAUCAUAGACGUCAGAGGCUCUGGGUAGUUUGGAGAUAGCUGGUAAAAGAAACAGCAGGACUAACAGGAACAGUAGAGACGGCUACAGUUCUUUACCAGUAUUUUUUUAAGCUGUGCAACUUGCAUUCCAUCAAAUGAAGUGAUUGUAGAGCACGCAAGGAUAGUAUGUAGCAAAUGUUUUCAAAACACGACUAUUGUCAAGCUCCAUUCACUGCACCCAGACAAUUGCAAUUUGGUACAAAACUUCCCCAAACUAAAGAUUUCAGUUUGGAAAUGUAAACAUCACAGAGUAAAACCCACGGUGCCGUUUAUUUUCUUCUUUUGUUUAGAAACUUCUUGGAGCAAUUUUAUAAUCGAUACAGUCUUUCAGGAAAUGCAUGUAUGUGGCCCUGCUUCAGGGUAAGGUCCACAGCAGUAUUUCUGCGUUGGGGGUGGGGAACUCCUUUUGUGACACUGGUUUUUGUUCUACACAAAGGCACGCUUGCAAUAAAUUUUUACAAGUUUUGUACACCAUGAGCUAAAUUCUGAGUUCCAAAAAUGUGACGUGUGGCAACAACAACAAACUGGAUUUAUAGUAUCACUCUGAUAUCUUGUCAUGUGAUUUUAUUUCUUCAACAAAGUUUGUUUACAAUCAACAACUUUGAAAUACAGUCAAAUAUAUUA